AUGCACCUUUGCGGUCAACUGGAGCUCCUUAGAAUACAAUUCAUAGAAACCUGCAGAAAACGCGAUGAUGAGAAGCAUUGUAAGAAUAUUUUCGGGCCACUGGUCAAAAGGCAUUGUCAGCUGAUAAAAUUGACCAGGAAUAUAGAAGACGCUUUCAAUAUCAAUAUUUUGCUACGUCUUUUAAUAAUUAGCGUUGUUAUUGCAGCUUCAGGGGUAGGAAUUAUCCUGUCAUUCAAUAGUAACGAUUACAAAGAAAUAAUAAAAAUGGUGAUAUCUAUUCAGUUUUAUAUAGUACAAACCUUUUUGUACACGUAUGCCGGCGAUAUCUUGCAGAAUCAAAGCGAAUCGAUCGUUUACGCCAUAUAUAGCUCCACGUGGCACGAAAUGUCACCCACUAUGGUGAAAGAUCUGAUAUUCAUUAUGAUGAGAAUGAAAAUCCCUCUUCGGAUCAGUGCCGGAAAAUUUUUCUAUCUCGCACGAACCACUAUGACGGAUAUCCUAAAAACCACCUUAACAUACAUGUCGUUCUUACAAGUGACAGUUAAUAAAUAA